CGCUCCAUCCGGUGUGUUGUUAUCUACGUAUUAAAAUAUUUUAUAUUCGUGUGCAACACAGAGUCGUUCCUAAUAUUAUUCUAUUUGGUUUCCGGUAAAAUAUUAAAAUCCGAUACGAUUUAUACGCGCAAUAAAGUUAUUAUCAAUUCGUCAUCGACGCACCGUAAUCUUAAUUCGUGGUAUUCUAAGAUAAUUGUUUACGGAGUCGGCCAUUAAGUUUUUAUAAUAUCUGUGGUUAUAGAUAGAACAUAUCAUUAACCUAAAUCGUGAUUUUUACCUAUAGACAUCAACAUUUUCACCGUGCAAGCCGAGUUUUCAAAACACCGAGCACCAUGUCCCGCGCAUUAAUCUACGUAUUCUGAUUGACUGAACCAGAUGGUACAUGGUGUCAACUAAACCAUUCAGCCAAUCAAAAUACGUAGAUUUAUGUACGGAAUACGGUGUAUCGGAAACUCGGUUUUUUAUUUACUAUCUAUGGUGUUACCGGAAACCAUGUAUGUGGUAUGUGGUUCAUAAUUUUGAGAAACAAUUGUUUAAACAGAAGAAUCAUUUUUGUUUAUAGGUCAACUAGUAGGUACUGGUUAACUGUUAUUACUUGAUACUUGUGAUACUUCAACGUUCGACUUCAUCGAUUAACAUUGGCGACUUGGCGUCAUUUAGUGUUUGGCUUUUAAAUAUUUUAUUUUGCCGUCUCGGUUCGCUAUAUUAUUGACAAGUAAGUCACGUGUUUUAUUCGUCUGACGUUUGUAAAUGUAAUCUUUCUGCUGUUUACGUUACAAAUAUACAGUUGCCGCCAUUUAAAUUCAUAACGUCGCCUACUCUUUCUAUGUAUUAGAGCACUGUGCAUUAAGAUAAUAUUGCUAACAAAAUAUUUAUAAUAACAAACCCUAGUCACUGAAUUUGAACAUUGGUUAGUUUAGUAUAUUUUGUUUUGUGAGUUAAUAUUUUUGUUAUUUAAGUAUGUUUAAUAUUUUCUUUAAUUGGCGUUAAAGUUUAGGUACCUACCUUAUAUUAUAUCAAAUAAAUAACUAACUCUAUAUUUUUUUUUUAUUAAAAUAUACCGGCCUAUAUAUUUUAAAUUUUUGUUUUUAACUUAAUAUGUAAACAAGUCCUAUCAACAAUACUACCUAGUAUAAUUAAGAAUUAUUGAAAGUGGAUGUCACUUAGAACAGAUGUUAGUUUGAUGACUGUUUAUAAUAAAUACUAUAACGAUAAAAAAAAAAACUAAGAAAACUUAAAUAUAUUAAUAACAUUAUUUUUAUUUAUUAUUCCGUAGUAUAUUUACUAUACAGGGUGUUCCAUGAAGAUUUGACAAAUGUUAUAACUUUUGCUCUGUAAUAAUGUGGGAUUAUUAUUAUUUUAUUUAAAUUAUCUCGACAGAAAUACCUGCUUAUUUAGUGAUUCAAAACUGCUUAUUUUAAUAUUUCGAGUAUUGCUGUAUUAUAUGAAAUAUGUAGAAUUUUAGUAUCUUGUUUUUAUAAACCGAUCAUCAUUUUUGAGAAUGACCAAAGUAUGGUCGCUCUCAUAAUACUAAUGCCUGAGAAGAACCGCUUUCGGAUUUUGACACAUGCAUUCUAUGCCUAAAUCCACCACUUCAUUUACGUGGCGCCUGCGCCUUUGAAUCUAGUAUAUGUAUGGGUGUAGGUACCUAUAUAGAGUUAGACUUUAUUCAGACUCAGUUAAUUCUAGAAUGAUCAAUAGACUGAUGGAAUCAUACCUUAUGUAUUUUCGAUCCACAGGUUUGUAAGUCUCAGGAAUAAACCAAUCCUUAACUUAUCUAAUUUUAAUUAAGCGUUUUAUUUCUUUAAACUUUUUUUUCCUAAACAUUAUUGAAGAGUUGUUGACAGAAGAUGCCUUCCGCCAUAUAAUAGUGUUGUACUGUUACACCACAAGUUCCAUUUAAAAAAUUUAAUAAUAUUGAACAAAAAAAAAUUAUUGCAUUAGUUGAAUCUUUGUGGAAUAUCCUGUAUAAUAGAUGUUUUUAUAUUAAGAUAUAUUAUUUAAUUAUUUAAUUCCCUAUAGAUUUGAGUGAUGGCUUCAAAAAAAGUAUUUAAAAUCAAAGAUAAAGUCUUUGCAAAAAUACGAGGUUACCCUGCUUGGCCAGCUAUUAUAUCUGGUAUUAAAUCUGAUAUACCAUCACGAAUGCGAUACAAUGUAUAUUUUUAUGGAACUGGUGAACGUGCAGAAUGUAAACCAGAAGAACUUUUUCCAUAUGAAGAAAAUAAGUCUAAACUAGGAAAGCCAAGUAAACGUAAAUAUUUUACUGAAGCUCUGUUACAAAUUGAAGAGGAUGACACCGGAGUUACGGUUCUUCCAGAAGAAUCAUUUCCUGUAAACAUACCACCAAGUAACACAGUGACUAAAAAAAAAGAACAAGAAAAACCACCUUUAAAUGAAUCUGUAAAUGUAAAAAUUGGAGAAUCUAAUUCAGAAACUGAAGGGAAGUUGACAACUGAUGAAACAAGUACAAAUAAAGGGAAAAAAGUUAGUACAUCAAAAAAGAGUUUGGGAAUUUCUAUCUCUAAAGGAACAAAAAGAAAAUUAUCUGAUGCUAAGCUUGAUGCCGCUUCAAAGAGAUCAAUUGUAGACAUUAUGAAGAACAAAGAUAAUGUUGUAGUACAAUUGGAAACAUUAAGUAAUAGCGUAAUAGAAAAAGCAAUCGCUAAGCAGGUUAGUCAAUUUUAUCUUAUCUUAUCUUAUUCAACUUAAGAAUUUACCGGUUUCAGUAUAUGUGACUGAUCUGAUAUUGCUGUAUAUUGUCGGAUCCUUUGAUUAAUUAUUUGGAAAUAUGGAAAUAAUUAUUACCCACCAUACACCUUUGUUGAUGCCACUGCUGUGUAUAUAGCGAGUCAUAAUAUUUACCGCAAAAUAAAUAAUUAUUUAUCAUAAUCAAUUAAAAUCUUGAGAAAAGAAUUAUAGAAACCAGUACAAAUAAUUUAAUUUUGAUUUUAUUAUAAAUAAUUAAAUCCUCUAUGACUGUUGACAAAUGAAAAUAAUUAGGUAUAAAAUAAAAUUAUAAGUUAUAUUUACUAUUAUAUAUUACAGAAUUAAACAACAUUUUGAAAACUAUUCUGAAUUUGAAGUUUCUCCUGUGGUAUUCAUAACUAUUUGUUCAGUUUCCGCAGUUAACGUCAUCAACAAUAAAAUCAAUUUUUAUUCUUUUUCAGUGUGGUUUAUGAAUUUUUUUCAAAUUUCCAAACUCGCAUGGUUAAAAUAAAAUGUUAUUCAUAAUUUUUGUUACAUAUUUCUUAUAUUAUGUGUGUUGGCGAUGGUAUAGCGAUAGAACAGUUGAAACUGAAUGAUUGGCGGAUGAGUGGAUACAGGGGUACCGAUAACUGAUUGUAGGAAAGUAUGCACGGAUAUGUUUUUUCAUCUGUGUAUUCUUUAUUUUUAAAUAGAGUAUAGGUACAUUUUUUUCAUCAUAUAAUAUAUACCCCUAUCUAUAUCUAAGCUUAUAUUAAUUUAUAAAAUAAAUUAUUAUAAUUGUUAACAUCUGUAAUAAUUAAGCCACUUCAAAUAUUUUAUUUAGUAUUUAAUGCAAUUUAAGGGAGUCUAAAAAUGUUUUCUAAAUUUUCUCAAAUUAUUUUUUAUGAACAUUUUAAUAAUAAGACUUGCAUAUAAUCUAUUGCUCAAUAGGGGUAUGCAUGUAUUUUUUGAUAAAUUAUCAAGGUUUAUUAGGAAAUCAAUUGAGAAAAUUUAAAAUUUGGUACACAAUAUAUAAAUUAAAAUUAAAUUUGGUGGUUUUAUAGAAUUAUCAAAAAUUACAUAAUACUUUAAAAAUUUUAAUCUGACAUCAGGAAGUAUGUCUUUUUUCCCAUUGAUUUUGUUUCUCUGUAUCUCACACUUAAUAUAGCAACAAAGGUAUUCCACAUUUCCACGAUUUUAAUCCUGGCUGUGUUAAGAGAAAAGAGACCUAUUGUAUAUUUUAUAAAUGAGAGUAUUUACUAUAGAUUCUACCAACAGUUUAUUAAAAUAUGUGUUUUAAUUUUCUAUUAAUUUCAACCAUUAAUAACUUUUUAAUAAAUACAAAUAUUUGAAGUCAUUUGUAGAAUACGUAUUAAAUAAAUACUUUUAUUUAUGAAAUGAAUUAUAAACUUAACCAGAGUUUGAAAUCUAAACAUUUGGAAUGCUUUUGUUGCUCUAUAAUGCUCGAGUCAAACAGAAAACAUUUGUUGGUGACAAGUCCCCUUAAGCAAUUUUAUAAACUUCUAUCUCUAAUUUGAUUAUGAUAAAUAAAUACAUAAAUAUAUUAUAUAAAUAAAUCAAUAAAUAAAUUUUUUUUUUUUAUUACUUAUUUUAAUAGCCACGAUAACAAAGACUAUUCAAUUAUAAAAAUUGCUUAACUUAUAAAAAUUAUCUAUAAAUAAUAAUUUGAUUUACAGAAUUCUAUGAUGCAUGAGAAAAAACUUGCUCUCCAGAUGUCCCGCACACCUGAGAAAACUAAUCAACCUUUGGAAAGUAAUAAAACUGAACUAGUUCCUGAACCCAGUAAUGUUUCAGUUAUAUUGGAUAAUAAUAGAACGCCAAAGUCUUCAUCAAAAAUAAAAAAUAGUCCUUCAGUUAAUGAAAUAUCUAAUAAUUCAAGCUUAGGCCAUGUUUCACGGUCAGGUCGUAAAAUUAAGCCAAAAAAGUACUCUGACUAUGAAAAUGAGGGAGAUAUGUCAAAACGUUCCAGAACAAGUAAAGAAUUUGUUAAAACAGAAAAGGUUGUAAAAGUGGAAACUGACAAUGAUACUAAAGGUAAAUUAUAGUAAUUAAAAAAAAUUGGUAAUUCAAAUUAUAUUAUAUUAAGUAUUUAAUUAGUUCUUUUUAUUGGAAGGAAUUAGAAUACCUCUUUCUGUCAUAUGAGACGACAAAUGAGGUUGCAUCAGUUUGACAGUCUGUGUAAUAUUCUGUGUAUGAAGGGUAUGGGUGCGAAAGGUGCGUGUUAAAACAUGUCAAAACCUUUUUAUAAUCUAAGUAAUAUUACUGAAAAAUAAGGUCAUUGAGGAAAAAAAGUGAUAUCAGACGUAAAGUUCUAUUUUUAUUUGGGGAUAUCAUCCCCAAAUAAUUUGGCUUCAAUCUUAUCUUAUCAAUUGUCUUAUUAUUUUUCUAUGUAAUUCUGUUGGAAUAUAAAAACAAAACAUACUAUUUGAACACUAUUUUAUUUGAUUAUUUAUCUUAUUAAAUGAAAGUCGACUGGAACGAGUUAUAUGAUUUUAUUUUGAAUUCAUCUAGAAUUUAUAGUGUUUAUAUCACAGUGCAUUAAUGCAAAAAUUACAUAGGUACCUUAUGGAAAACAUAUCACAUUAUCACAUAUUUAAAUACAAAGUGGAUUCACUGAACCACUUCUUUCUUGGUUUUACUUCUUCAUUUCUGGAUUGUUUCCAAAUUGUAAAAUAUUAAAAUUAUAUCUGAUCAAAUCCUUCUUACUUCUGGUGUUCUCCAAGGAGAUCAUUUAUCCCCUAUAUUAUUUUGCCUUUUUAUAAAUAAUAUUUUUCAUUUUAAAGUUCUAUUUAUAUCCGAUGAUGUAAACAAUUUCAAAAAUAUUAGCUGCUUAAAUGACGUUGUUGAACUACAGUUAGAUUUAAAAAAUAUAUAUAAAUUAUGCCAAUAAAAUGCUAUCGACUUAAAUUUAAAAAAAUGUUUUUACAUUUCUUUUUUUUUAAAAAGACAGCCUAUACAAUUUAAUUAUUUUUUGGGUAAUAUAAAUUUAUUAAGAAUUAAAGUACUAGACCUUUUAGUAAAAUUUGACUCUAAUUAUUUUUCAAGGAUCAUUUACUUUUUAUUUGGAAUAAAGCUUCAGCAAAGGUAUGUUUUUUAAAACGCACCUGUUUAAAUUUUAGAGAUGAAUCUUCAUUAAAAAUAUUAUCCUACUCUUUAAUCCGUUCUCAUUUUGAUUAUGCUCUCUUAAUCUAACAUCCAUAUUUCGUAACAUAAAUAAAACAAAAAAUUAGAAUUUUAUAUAAUUUUAUAUAACUCCUGCUCUGUAUUCUUUUCUUUAUUAUAUUUUUUUCUACCAGUUACAUGUCUAACAGUCUUCUUUUUAAAAUUAUGAAAUUGGCUAACAAGGACCCAUCUUUCUAAUUCUAAAUUUUUUGUUCUUUAUGUAUAUUUAUAUCUUUAGUUGUUGUGAUUUUGUAUCAUUAACUUAACUAUCGUGUCAGUACUCUAUAUUAUUGUUUUUGUAAUACUACAUACUUAAAUUUUGUUAUUUAUGGUAAGUCUUUGCAAUUUGGCUAAUCCUGUUUUUAAUAUAAAUAAAAUAAAAGUAGGGGAGAGAAAGACGAAAAAAAGAUGUUGGAUGCUAUUGAGAAUGAUUUGAUUUAAUUGAGAAUAAAUGAGAGUGAGUGGGUGUAUGCCGGUAGGAGUUUGGGUCAAAUCAAAGUUUAGUUCGAGGUUGGCCAGUCCUAAAUAGUUGGGAUGAAGGUGAAUAUAUUAAGUAUUUAUUUUAAGACCGAAUUUUAAUAUUUUGUUUGUUUUAGUAUCAUACAUUUCUCUAUUAUUUUUUUCGUACACAUAUUAAUAUUAAAUAUUAAAUAUAAAUAAAUACUUUAAAUGUGAUUUUCAGAUGCGCAUUCAAAUUCAAAAAUUACAAAAAUAUCCACAAAUCAUUCAGCAGAUGUUCCCCUUGUUAAUGAUAGUGCAUUCAAAGAAAUGAAUCAAAUAACCUCAAUAUUCAAUUCAGAUACUGACUUGCCUAAUAAAUUAAAAAAGCUCAUGUCUUCUGCUGUUACAAAUGUAACAACUAAUGUUAAUGAAUUAAAUCCAAAAAAAAUGAAGAAAAUAGAUUUGUUAAACAUAGAAUUAAAGAUGAUGGAUAUUUUACAUAUAGUACGUAAAGCUUUAAAUACUGAAAGAGCUAACUGUGAAACAGCGUUGGCAUCAUUAGAACAGUUGUAUGCAAUUGACAAUAUUGACUCAUUUAUGUUAAUAAAACAUAAAGAGGUUGUUGAAACAAUUAAAAAAGUGACAAAAUAUGUAGGAAAUGCAAGUGAAUGGAAUAUAAAUGAAGAGGAAAUGAAUAAACAUAAUGAAAUUUCCAGAAAAAUUAGAUGCAAAGCUAAAGCAAUCUAUAAUAAAUUUAAAUCAUUGUUCAUAGUGCCCGAUGGAAAAACUUUCAAAGAAAUAUAUAACAAAGAGGUGAAUGAGUUUAAUUCAAAAAACGUUGCUUUGCCUUUCGAAGAGACGUUUACACUAAUGCCACAUGGAUAUCCUCAAUAAUUUUUUUAUCACAAAUUGAUAGAGGAAAAAUAGUUAUUUUAGUAUGAAAUAAAAUUCUCCAGUGGUUAACUGCGUUUGUAUUAUAGUAUUCCAUAAUAAUAUUCAUAUAUACAUCAUUAGUUUUUAACUUAAAACAUUUUUGUAUCCAUAAAUAUUAGUUGUUUUUAAUUUAGUUAGAGAAUAUAAUACUAAUAAUAUUUAGUACCAAAAUUAUUUUUAAAACAGAAUAAUACUUUAGCUCGUACUUUUUAAAAUAUUAAUUUGUUUGGACUUGUAAAUAUUCAAUGCUACAUGUGUACUUUUCAAUAUUGUAAUUAUCAUUAGGUAUUAUUACUAUAUAAUAUUAUAAUAUUGAAAAAUAAUUUAUAUGUAUUUUUUUUAACAUAUAUUAUAUACAGAGUAAUUAUCAUAACAUAAGACAUCUUGUAAAAUAUUCCUUUUUUUAUUUAUUUAGAAAUUGUAAAAAACAAUCCACUUUAAAAUGUUACCAUUUUUUCUAUCUUCCUUAUUUUUUUGGGUAAAAGCACUAUCAACUUUAGAUGUUUAAAUUGCAAUCUAUGUUAAUAAAUCUAGGUGACAAAAAAUGGGAGUAUUAAUUUAAAACACAUUUUGGUGUUAAAAUGUACAAUUUCCGUCAAUGUGUUGAUGAAUAUUCCAACUUUAAGUUUGGUUGGGGGGAAGUAGUAAAACAUUGUUCAAACACCAGACAAUGCUAAGAAACCUAAAAGUGGAAUAUUUUGACAAUAGAUUGACAAUUAAUAAAAAUAUUCAACGCCAAAAGAAAAUUAAUUUAAACUAAUACAAUUUCUGGAAUUUUUCAAAUAUUAAGUAUCCUCAAAAAUGUCAUUAUUUGUCUGUUCUGUAGAUACCAAUUUUUUACUCUAAUCUAAAGACAAAAUGUUAUGUUUGAGUUGAGUCGAGAUUAUAUAUAUAUAUAUAUAUUGUAACUGAGUUUAUGCUGCAGUUUUAUGAGGGUAAAAAAUGUGCGCAUUUUGUUCAACACAGAGUUUAUAGGAAAAUGUGUUUUCAUAUUUGAGAAUAUUUAGCAUAUUUUGUAAAUUGUUAGGAAAAAUACUAAUUUAUUGUAAUUUUAAAUUAUUAUUAAUAGGUAUCAAUUUUAAUUUUGAUGUACUUGAAAAAAAAGGUUUUUGAAUCAUUUAAUAACCAAAAUAGGUAAUGC